AUGAUAUCAUUUUCCAUGGUUCUGUGGUGGUUCUCCAGAAAGGACUUUUCACAAGGCUUUGGUUUGGGUACUCCUUGCAUCAGAGCUUACUCUUCGACUAUAACAAAGGUGUGCAGAUCAAACUACAACUACGCAGGAAAUCCUACUAAGCAUCCAACGUACACAAGGCUCGGCAGUCAUGAUGUGACUAACCUUGCGGUAACCUAUGACGGCCCUGACGAAAUUGAGUGGAAGAUCUGCAGUGCAACGAGGCAAUUCCCGAACAUCGCAAUCGGUAUGGCUCUGUUUAACUUGGAAUCCGAGGACACCAGGGAAGAUUGCAAAAGCACAUAUUUCGGUUAUUUCCAAUUCGCGGCUGGUUACUGGCGAGUUUCUCAGGUGACAGAUUACUUCAGAAAAACUGUGAAGCACCCGAAUUUUACGCAGUCUGGUCCAAUGUGCAAAGAACCCUAA